GUUGCGGCGGCAGAGCAGUGCGCCGACAUCAACCGCUUCGUCGCCGUCUUCGCCGUCCCUCUCCUCUCCUUCACCUUCUUCGCCUCCAACAACCUCUACCGCAUGAACUACCGCUUCCUCGCCGCCGACACCAUCCAAAAAGCCUCCCUCCUCCUCUCCAAAACCCCUCUCCUCCGCCGCCGCUGCCUCCUCCUCCUCCUCGUUGGACUGGGUGAUCACGCUCUUCUCCCUCUCCACCCUCCCCAACACCCUGGUCGUCGGGAUCCCGCUCCUCGCCGCCAUGUACAGCGACUUCACCUCCCCCUCAUGGUCCAGAUCGUCGUCCUCCAGAGCAUCGUAUGGUACACCAUCCUCCUCGCCCUCUUCGAGUACCGCGCCGCCGUUCCCUUCAUCGCCGACCAGUUCCCGGCCCCCGGGACCGCCGCCAGGAUCUCAUCCGUGCGGGUCGACCCGGACAUGGUGUCGCUGUCGUCCAGCAGCGGGGGCCAGCAUCGCUGA